CUCCGGAGACUCUCUUCCGAAAUCUCUGAAGCUUCUCAAGGAUUGGCGACGGGUACAUGUUUCAAAACAAUUAAUUCAUGAGGCAGGGUGUUCUGCAAUGGAUUUCAAGCAAGAAGAAAUUAAUUCCGUAACUAUGGACCCUAAAACUAAGAGGAUUCAGGAUUCGUCUGUUAAGAUGAAGGUGUUGUUUUUUGCCAGGGCUCGGGACCUUACUGGCUUCACUGAGAUGCCACUGGAGGUAUCAUCUGGUAGUACAGCCAAUGAUUGUUUAAAUAAGCUCAUUUCCAUUUUCCCUAGCUUGGAAGAGAUCAGGGGGUGCAUGGUGCUUGCUCUUAAUGAAGAGUACACAACUGAGUCGGCAGUUGUGCAAGACAAAGAUGAGUUGGCCAUCAUACCUCCAAUCAGUGGUGGCUAAAUGCAUCUGAUGUAACGAGGCACACAAUUUAAGGUUAUUAGGACAUUGUAUGAUCUUGUACUUGUUUGUACAAAACAAUGAAUAAAAAGGAAUACCAAAU